AUGGAGGGGAGGAUGGCGGAGACGAAGGGGACGAAUCCUUGUGGAUGUGACGGAAACAGAUGUACCAAAGGCGGCGAUAGGCCCUGCUAUGAUUACAAAUGGCGCGUUGCGAGACCGGAUGUGAGGGCUGUAAAGCAAAAUGCAAGGCGAAUGAGAAAUGUAAAUGUUGUACUCCUGUCUGUGGUUGUCCUACUAAUUGUUAUGGCAAAGGCGAUAACAACUGUAAAGGAGAAAAGAGCGAUAAUUGCCGACGCUGUCGAGAAAAAUGCAAAAGUGGGAAACCAUGUAUAUGUCAUACUUGCAGCUGCGGAACGCGAUGUAAUGGCCUGGUGUGACCCGAGGAAUUGUUCUGGAGAAAAGUGUGACGGCUACGUAAUCGGCAGAUGCAAAGACAAGCAUCCAGACACUACUGAAUGCAAAGGCCACGUAAAAUACGACAAAGAGGGCGCUGUUUUUGAUCGAAAUGCAAAAAGCAAAAUUAAGUGCGAUGAAACUCACGUUGACUGUAACGACGGUAUAUGCAAUAAGUGGGCCCGUGGAAAGAUAGACAAGGAUGGUAAUUGCAUCAUCGAAUGCACCUACUGCGGCACACUAUGUGGCCAAGAUAAAUUCAGACGCUGCUGCUACAUAGCGAUCCCCGUAAUUAUCAUUGUGUUAUUAUUCCUUAUUUUCCGAUUCAUGCUUCCCGAGAAGUUCCAGAGCACGAUGACAAAAAUACGCGCCGCAUUUCCCACCUCGCCCAGGCAUCCCAGCAGAUCACUGAGCGAUCUUGUCAGUGACAGCGUUCCCGAUGAGACUAACAUUGACCGCUACCCCGCCUUCCGCCCGAGGGCAUACGCUGGCCUGUCGUAG